AUGCAAUUCCUUUCGUUGCUUCUGCUAUGCCUGACGGCACUGCAACCAGCGCUGGCCGUUCUCGACGUUACAGGAGCCCCUGCUUGUGGUUUAAAAUGUAUCCUAACGUCGACUGCCAAAUCGGACUGCUCAAUAAGCAACACUACUUGUAUAUGUGCUACUGCGUCGCUACAAGCUCAAAUUACCGAAUGCGUGACUACUAGCUGCUCGAUCCGUGAUCAAUUAUUGAUGCUACUAGCUACGAAGAAAUUCUCGGCGGAAUCAUGCGGCAUAGAAGGCGAGGAUAGACGUGGCCUUAUUCGUGUCCUUGCGGUAGUCUUUGGAGCAAUUGGGCUUGUGGCUUUCAUUCUACGGUGCACUGCAAGACUUAUUGGGCCACAUGAUUGGGGCCAUGAUGAUACUGUUAUGUGUAUUGUUAUGGCCCUUGCGCUCGCCUUCGCAGCCCUCUCGUUCCCAAUUACCGAUGCCGGGCUUGGUCUGGACAUGUGGUUCGUUCCGCUUGAUAGUAUAGCAGAGGUUCUUCGGCUGUACUUUUUCGACGAAUUGCUAUACAUCACGGCCUUAUCUCUAACCAAGAUCUCUAUUCUCUUCUUCUACCUGAAGGUUUUCCCGAAGCGGUCAUUUCGUCUAUGCACAUAUGCUCUCAUACUCAUCAACUUAAUUUACGCCGUCACCUACGAUUUACUUUUGAUCUUCCAAUGUGAUCCGAUACGCGGCGCCUGGCUGCAGUGGGACGGCGAAUUCGAGACGAAAUGUAUUAGCAUCAAUGUGUUGGGAUGGUCUGCCGCAGCUAUCAACAUCGCUUUGGAUCUGGCUGUCAUUAUACUCCCGCUCCCCGAACUGUUCGCUCUGUCCUUGUCGCUAAGAAAGAGGCUGCAAAUUAUUGCUAUGUUUACUGUUGGUUUCUUCAUUACAAUCGUCAGCAUCGUCCGUCUUUACUCGCUCAUCCGAUUUGGUAACACUCAAAACCUCACGCAGGAUUAUGUUGAGACGGGAUACUGGUCGACAAUCGAAGUCCCUGUGGGUAUUGCGUGCGCAUGCAUGCCGGCAGUGCGAUCACUCUUCAGUCUUGCGCUUCCAAAGUUGUUCGGCACCACUCGCGCGGCAGCCGGCUCGACAUUCAACAGCUUCGGUCCAUCUUCUUCUGGCAAUCGGCUGGGAGACUCCCGGGCCAAGAUCAGCAUCAAGCAGGAGUGGUCAGUGCUUAGCGAGGGCCCUGCUGAAUUCGAUACCGAACGACAUGGACGUAACGAUAGCGAUGUCGAGCUCGUAAAUGUGGGCGUGGCUACCGCCGAGGGUAACAAUCGUCCAACCCGGAAGAUGACCCUUUCGAAGAACGGCGGUGCGUGGCGAGGCAUGAGCAUUCCGGAGCAGCAAGAGGAGACGUACAAGUCGGUCGCUUUCACUGGCGAAAGAGAGUUGCGGUAG